UGACAACAGAGCCAUUUUUACUCCUUAAAUAACCCAAUCAUCGUCCCACAGAUUUGGCAAAGACGAUCAAAAGUUAAAAAACUACCUCCUCUGUUUUCCCAGUCCACAAAAAAAUGGGGUCUCAUCCCGAAGACUUCUGUAACGGCAACGCCGUCUCUCAUCCUCCUCUCCACGUUCUUAUGGUCUCCUUCCCCGGCCAAGGCCACGUCAACCCUCUCCUCCGCCUCGGCAAGCGUCUCGCCGGAAAAGGCCUUCUCGUCAGCUUCUCCGCCCCGGAAUCGGUCGGAGUAGAGAUGAGAAAGGCCAACGCCAAAAUCAGUGAAGAACCCACUCCUUACGGCGACGGGUUCAUCCGAUUCGAGUUCUUCGACGACGAGCUGGACAGGUCGGGCCCUCACGGGCACGACCUUGACUUCCAGCUCGACCAGAUCGAACGGAUCGGGUCAGAGAGAAUCUCCGAAAUGAUCGUGAAAUACAAAGAACAGGGGUCCCCUGUUUCUUGUCUAAUCAACAAUCCCUUUAUUCCCUGGGUUUCAGAUGUCGCCGAGAAACACGGGAUUCCGAGCGCUGUUCUUUGGGUCCAGUCCUGUGCCAGCUUUUCCUCUUAUUAUCAUUACCAGAACCAGUUAGUUCCAUUUCCCAGUGAAUCGGAGCCGUUCAUCGACGUUCACCUGCCCUGCAUUCCGGUGUUGAAACACGACGAGAUUCCGAGCUUCCUGCACCCUUCUUCGCCGUACAAAUUCCUGGCUCGGGCCAUUCUUUCCCAGUUCAAAAACCUCUCCAAACCAUUCUGCAUAUUGAUGGAAACUUUUCAUGAACUGGAGCCAGAGGUGAUUGAGUACAUGUCAAAGCUCUGCCCCAUCAAACCCGUAGGUCCCCUGCUCAUCAACUCAGCCGGAAAAAGUGGCGGCGGAAAAACCGAUGACGUCCGUGGAGACUUCGUGGCGGUCGACAGCUGCACGGAGUGGUUAGAUUCCAAACCGGAAUCUUCCGUUGUGUAUAUUUCCUUUGGGAGCGUGGUGGCAUUGAAACAGGAGGAGGUGGAGGAGAUCGCUUACGGGCUGUUGAAUUCGGGGGUCCCUUUCUUAUGGGUCCGGAAGCCGCCGCUGCCGACGUUCCCGGAGUCGGUUUUGCCCGACGGGUUCUUGGAGAAAGUCGGGGAUAAUGGGAAGAUAGUGAAAUGGUGCUCCCAAGAACAGGUGCUGGCGCACCCAUCCGUCGCCUGUUUCGUGACCCACUGCGGGUGGAAUUCGACAAUGGAGGCCAUCACCAGCGGCGUCCCGGUGGUGGCUUACCCGCAGUGGGGCGAUCAGGUGACGGAUGCUAAGUACUUGGUGGAUGUCUUCAAGGUUGGGGUCCGACUGUCCAGAGGUUCUGCAGAGGACAGAGUCGUCAGCAGGGAGGAAGUGGAGAAGUGCCUGAUCCAGGCGACUCGCGGGCCGAAGGCGGCGGAGAUGAGGGAGAACGCGCUGAUUUGGAAGAGGAAGGCGGAGGAAGCGGUGGCGGAAGGUGGGUCCUCUGACCGGAACUUGCAUGAAUUCGUCGGAGACAUUGGGAAGAAAUGAGCUGGCAGCCUCAUAGCCGUUGAAAAUGUUGGCGCAGAAAUUGUUUUAUGGUGUGGUUUCUAUUACUAGUAGUACGUAUUGAUUGAAGUGAUGUGACGGAGAUGAUUCAUGGUCGUUGUUAAUAUGUUCAAUAAUACUUUCUAUUUGAUUUUUCCAUGAAGGGUAAACAUAAAAGGAAAAAGCUAAAGGUACCCCAA